GUGCUUAGCACAUAAACCUAAGUCCUGUUCGAAACCGUCUCUCACACCAGCUUUCGUCUUUCAGCAAUGGCCGCCACCACUACAACCACUUCCUUUAAAGCCGCACUCCUUUCUACACCGUCGAUAUCUUCAUCGACCAAAUCAACCGUCCUCAAACCACGCUUUACAUCAUCAUCGUCCUCACGGUAUUCGCCGAUUCCAAAAUCACUGAUAGCUCAUCAUGUCUCUACAAAGACCAACGCCAUCGUCGCCAAGAUGGGGACAGUCCCUUCGCCAGUUUCUGAGACGACAUCGCUUGACUUCCAUACCUCCGUUUUCCAGAAAGAAAAGAUCUCUCUUGCUGGUCACGAAGAGUACAUUGUGAGAGGAGGACAGCAUUUAUUCCCUUUAUUGGAUGAUGCUUUUGAGGGAAUCAAACAGAUUGGUGUUAUUGGUUGGGGUUCUCAGGGGCCAGCUCAAGCACAGAAUCUGAGGGAUUCUCUUGCAGAGGCAAAAUCUGAUGUUGUUGUGAAGAUUGGGUUGAGGAAAGGCUCUCGCUCCUUUGCUGAAGCCCGUGCUGCAGGAUUUACUGAAGAGAACGGAACUCUGGGGGACAUAUGGGAAACUGUUGCUGGAAGUGAUCUCGUGUUAUUGUUGAUCUCUGAUUCUGCACAGGCGGAUAAUUAUGAAAAGGUCUUCUCCCACAUGAAGCCAAAUAGCAUCCUUGGGCUUUCCCAUGGAUUUCUUCUUGGCCAUUUACAAUCGUUGGGGCUUGAUUUUCCUAAGAACAUCAGUGUAAUUGCUGUCUGCCCGAAGGGAAUGGGACCUUCUGUGAGGAGGCUUUAUGUUCAGGGAAAAGAGAUAAAUGGCGCUGGAAUUAAUGCUAGUUUUGCUGUCCAUCAGGAUGUUGAUGGUAGAGCUACAGAUGUGGCCUUGGGAUGGUCGGUUGCCCUUGGUUCUCCUUUUACAUUCGCCACCACAUUAGAGCAGGAAUACAAAAGUGACAUUUUUGGGGAGAGAGGCAUCUUGCUAGGUGCUGUUCAUGGGGUUGUUGAAUGCUUGUUUAGAAGGUAUGUGGAGGAUGGAAUGAGUGAAGAAUUGGCUUACAAAAACACUGUUGAGUGCAUAACAGGAAUUGUGUCAAAGACCAUUUCAACAAAGGGUAUGCUAGCUGUAUACAACUCAUUGUCCGAGGAAGGCAAAAAGCGAUUUGAGGCCGCUUACAGUGCCUCAUAUUAUCCUUGCAUGGAAAUCCUAUAUGAGUGUUACGAAGAUGUUGCAAGUGGAAGCGAGAUUUGCAGUGUUGUUUUGGCUGGGCGUCGGUUUUAUGAAAAGGAGGGUCUACCUGCCUUCCCUAUGGGUAAAAUUGAUCAGACACGGAUGUGGAAAGUUGGUGAGCGUGUCCGAGCAACUAGAGCGAAAGAUGAUUUAGGUCCACUGUGCCCUUUCACUUCUGGGGUUUUUGUGGCGCUAAUGAUGGCACAGAUCGAGGUCUUGAGAAAGAAGGGCCACUCGUACUCAGAAAUCAUCAAUGAGAGUUUGAUUGAAGCUGUUGAUUCCUUGAACCCCUUCAUGCAUGCUCGAGGAGUUUCUUUCAUGGUUGAUAACUGUUCCACAACCGCACGAUUGGGAUCAAGAAAAUGGGCUCCACGUUUUGAUUACAACCUUACUCAACAAGCAUUCGUAGCAGUGGAUUCAGGUGCUCCCAUCAACCAGGACCUGAUAAGCAACUUCUUAUCUGAUCCUGUUCAUGAAGCUAUCGAAGUCUGUGCAAAGCUAAGACCUACUGUUGAUAUAUCAGUGCCCCCAGAUGCAGAUUUUGUUCGUCCUGAAUUGCGCCAGUCUAGUUAGACUGGAAGAGAAUAUUUUCUCAUGGACGAGGCUGUUUUGCAGUAAAUCUUAUUUUAGUUUUGCUACAUGUGAAGAGGAGGAUAAGUUUUUAUGGCUGUCUUAGUUUGUGUUUGGUUUAAGAGGAGGAUAAGUUUCUAUGACCUGUUAGUUUAUGUUUGGUUUAAAAGAAUUAUGUAAGGUGAACUUAAGAUUCAUGAGUUGCUUAUCUGCAAAUGGUAUGCUUGGCCUAGCCUGUUCAGUA